CACCUAAGAUUAUAUAAAGGAAGGUUAAGUCAUCAAACCAGUCACAAUUGGUCAUAAUCAGUCAGCGUCAACGAUAUUGAAAAAGAAGAAAGUGCGCGCAUUUAUAAUCUGAAAAAUUGAUCUUGUAUUUACAAUAUACAGGCUGACAUUCAUCCAACUCUGACUUUAUCUUAUUUGGAAUUUAGAUUAAGAUUAAUUUACUAAAACUUGAACAAUUGAACAAUUGAAAAUUCGUUGCUAAACAUCAUGAAAAUCAAUGAGAAAAACAUGGUAGCGUUUGCUACAUCUGCAACACCCAUAGAUCGUGAGGGCUGGUUGAAUAAACGCGGUGAAAUGAAUCGCGGUUAUCAAAGACGAUGGUUCGUUCUCAAAGGAAAUAUAUUAUUCUACUUUGAUCGACGUGGUGACAAAGAACCAAUGGGCAUGAUUGUGCUUGAAGGUUGUACAAUUGAAUUAGCAGAGGAUGAAGAGCAAUUUGGCUUCAAAAUAGUCUUUCAUGGUCUAAACAAUAGAAGCUACGUUUUAGCAGCAGAAUCUCAGGAAUCUAUGGAGCAAUGGAUGAAGGCAUUGGCCUGCGCCAGUUAUGAUUAUAUGAAACUUAUGGUGACAGAAUUACAACGUCAGUUGGAUGCUGUAGAAGAGGAAACAGCAUCCAUACCGACGCAACAAUCUCCUAAAGCUCCACCAAGGCAGCGACAUAAUCCAUUCAAUAAAUCAGACUGUCAUCAUCGUUCCCAGAGUGUCAGAUCAGCGCCUGGUAGGACAGAGAAUAUACCCAGAACUAAGAUAACUUUUCGUGAACUUCAUACAGCAUAUGGCAGACGAAUUCUGGCAGAUUUGAAUGCAUGGAGGCAUGCAAAGAAAAAUACAGAAGCACCUCUAAUAACUCUAUAAUUAUGCACACAUUUUGUAAAUAUUUGAACAAUGUAUGAACUUGAACAACGAAUCAUGAGAACUAUUA